AUUUGAUAUUUACACUACAAACUGUUGUGUGUUAAAAUAGUACAAAAUGUACCUUGUGAGUCCAGACUUUGUCGUGUUCAUGGCUUACUGAUUAUUGAUCGACGUCCAGCGAUUAAGCUGUUUUAUGCGUAAAGAACGAUGGGGACUGCACUCUGCGAGACUCUGAGGCCUCUUGGUGCGCUCAUUUGCCUACAUCUAAACCCUAUUCACUAAGGUCUUGUCCACUUGAAUCCGCCUAAUCUCUUUUCACUCACACCUAAACUUGAUUUGCUAAGGUCUUGUCCAUUAAAUCCAGGACUGCAUACGUCUGAUAUAUAAGUCGAUAUGCGACCCACCAAUGAGCGAGAAAGGUUUCUCGCUUCGCUGGACAAUCCUCUGGUGCGUGCCUACGCAUUUGCAUGCUUUGGUAAUCUGAUUGCGUGCUAUCAUUCACAACCACACACCUUUGACAGUACUAGAAGUAGGGAUCAUAAGAUUUCAAACAGCACAGAUUGUCUUUGUCGUGUAGAUACUACUGAACCCGGCGGGAAAUCUAAAAAUGCAAGCGGUGCGCACAGACGCUCUCCCACCCUGAAUUUAGUUGGUGCAUAUAGUCCUGCACCUGUGUAUUCGGCAAGUAGUACUGAUAUGACAGAUGCAGGUCACGUCUACACAGAGAAGGCCAGGCAAGCCGAUGUAGUCAAUGUGGUUCAAUGUGGCACAAUGUCUGGAGAUGUGCCCGUGUCGAGUGUGUGUCUGCCAGCGCAUGCACAUAGGAACGAACGUGUGGGUGUGCGUGCAGCUGUAGUAACAAACCACAACCACAAAUGUGAGCUGAGCGAAGGGGUGUGUGAUAUUGACACGCAUGCAAAAAUUACGUGUGCCUGUGAUCCCAGUCCUCAAGCAUACGCACCUCAGCACGCUUAUCCCUGUACGUCACCUACUACCCACACGCCGUCUGCUGGCACUUGCAGUGGUACUAACUUUGAGCUCUCUCCUAGCCGACGUCAAAGACUUAUUGACCUAGAUAAAGACCCUUCUGUACUGCACAACCACAUCUACAACCAUACACAACCGUCCCAUCGCCUGGGUGUCAUGUACGAGCGCUUGCUGGAGUUCUUUCUCAGCACAGACCCGCAGUACUCACUGAUCAGCAGCGGUCUGCAGGUGUUUGACGCUGGCACAGGGCUGGGCAGGAGGGGCGGCAAGUGUACGAUCGGCGAGUUUGAUUUUGUGUACCACGAUCAUCACAGCGACGAGAUAGUCCAUCUUGAGAGCGCUAUCAAGUACUUCAUGUCCUGCAAGGAAUGUGACUUGGAAACCUCAACUGGCGGAGACUGCUCUGGUGAGAGUGAACACGAAAGGUCCACUAGCGAAUGUGCAUGCCCUGGGUCUGCUGGUCAACGUAUGUCUGGCAACCCACUUGAUGGAUCUGUAAUAGACAACUCUGGGUCGGUCGGUGCGUGUGCACAUUCGGAGACAUGGAACUCUGAAAAGCUGAUGAAAGGUGGGGUUGACCUUCCACGUGACAGUACAAGGCCACCUGCAGGUCAGACAUCACUUACAGGUGAGAGGCCGUCUGAGUUUGUGUAUCGCUGGCUGGGGCCUGGGAGGAAGGAUUCUCUGGAACGCAAGCUCAACCUGAUGCUGAAAAAGCAGAUUCAGCUGAGUAUGUGCGCAGAGGCUGAAGGUGUGUUUAUGCAGCUCACGGCCGAGUACAGUGCGCCGGACGGGUGCGAUGACAUUCCCUCAGCCCACGACCAGGAACAUGAAACUGCGAAAAGUAACAGCGGAUACAAUGACAAGCACGUGAGAUCUACCUAUCUCUUAAGCGAUGAUCCUGAGGCCAAGCCUUUGGAGGAUUCUAUAGAUCUUAUCAAUCGCAACCCCCGUGCAAGCGCACCAGGUCAUGGUAUCGAACCGAGUAGAUGCGCUCCCACUUCAGGCGAAAAUGUACUAUGUAAAACAGAGCGAAACACACACGCUACACCACACUCUCGACCAGGCCAAAGAGUAGUCAGCACCGAGACUUCAUCACGUGGUGUGCAGGUUCCCAAUUCUACAAACGAUAUCAUACAAAAUCAGAGGACUAAGCCUCAGAGCGGUGAUCUCUCUCCAGAAGAUCCCUCAUACUUAUUAUCGCGCUUUCCGUCAACGGAAACUCCCAGAACGAGUUAUAAGCACAACUCACACGGGGCAAGUACUGAAUUGAGCUGGUCGAGCUCAUGCGCAUACUCCUGCCGUGAGGCAAAAUUGUCACAAUGCACGCGAACUCGGCAUCAAACACAACCACACAUACACACAUACGAUACACAACAUCAAACCAUACAGAAGAGAUCCUUGCGUCCCUCUACAUUCCGGGUGACAGUGUUUGGCGAAUUAUAUACACACUACAGAUUGACUAAGCCCCCAACGAAUCUCUGUACGGGACUGGCCACGACCUCAGUAAGCACAAGCCACAGUACAAUACCCGCUCCUGUGGGCACACAUCCGUCUCACCACCGUGGUGUCUGGUUUCACCUAUCUGAGUUUGGCGCUGCGGUAGGCUUCAAUGCCUCUCGUUUCGGCAUAGUCGUGGGUAAGCAGCGGUGGCUGUGUCCCGGGAGAGAUACGGAUGAGUACAACUGGGGCGACAACGGGCGGCUGAGUGAGGGCUUGUACGACGAAACUGUGCGUUCACAUGCAGCCUUGUAUGAACUUUUGGUGCAACAUCUGCAUCCCACCGACUUCCCCGCAAUGGUGAUUGAAUAUGGCGAAGGGAGCGGCAGUCAUUCUGGCGAAGCGGAAUGUGAGUAUCUAGAUACAGCUACAGAAUUGGAGACCCCUUGCUCCGGAAAUGGACGUUCAAUUGGUAGUAGAGUGGAAAUUCAGCGCAUGUUCAUUGUGUGCGAUUCUUGGCCACGUCCGUGGCCGCCGAACAAACGGUCCACAGAACACAUUCGAUAGAGCCCGCUGAGAACGACACAUUUCAACUUAACAACGUAAGUUGACG